AUGGCUGACGCCCAAUUUGACAGCGCGCUUGACCUCCUGCGCCGCCUGAACCCCCGCGAUACCAAGCAAAAUCUUCAGGCGAUCACCAGCCUUGUUCCCGAUCUGACGGAAGAUCUUCUCGCCUCGGUCGACCAGCCCCUCGAGGUCCGCCGCUGCGCGAAGACCAACCGUGACUACCUGCUCUGCGACUACAACCGUGACGGUGACAGCUACCGGUCACCCUGGAGCAAUGAAUUCGACCCGCCGAUCGAGGAUGGAACGGUUCCAAGCGAGCGGGUGCGCAAGCUUGAGGUUGCGGCUAACGAGGCCUUCGAUGUCUACCGUGAGCUAUACUACGAGGGUGGAACGGGCAGCGUUUAUUUCUGGGAUUUGGAUGAUGGAUUCGCCGGUGUUGUCUUGUUGAAGAAGGGGGUGACGCCGGGUUCGAAGAGCUCCGGGGCGUGGGAUAGCAUCCACGUGUUUGAAGCGACGGACCGUGCACGCAUGUCCCACUAUAAACUGACAAGCACUGUGAUCCUCCAUCUUGCCAGCGAGAGCAGCUCACUGGGCGAGCUGGACUUGAGCGGUAACAUGACUCGCCAGGUAGAGGCUGAUCUGCCCGUUGAGUCGGACGCCAGCCACGUCGCCAAUGUCGGCAGGCUGGUCGAGGACAUGGAAUUGAAGAUGAGGAACCUUCUGCAGGAAGUCUAUUUUGGAAAGGCUAAGGAUGUUGUGGGUGAGCUCAGAAGCCUUGCCUCUCUAUCUGAGACGAACAGAGAUAGAGCGACACACCGGGAGAUGAUCAUGAGCAUGCAAAGGUAG